AGGAUGAUGACGUCACGGCGGGGUGGGGCCGGGCCGCAGGAGGUCCGGUCCCUCGGCGCAGCCGGACGCGAUCGCCGCCGUCACCGGGAGCCGCCGCCCCGCCCGCCGGGACCGCCGGUCUCCGGAGCCGGCCAGGAUGGCGCAGUGGAACCAGCUGCAGCAGCUCGACACGCGGUACCUGGAGCAGCUCCACCAGCUCUACAGUGACAGCUUCCCCAUGGAGCUCCGGCAGUUCCUGGCCCCGUGGAUUGAGAGCCAGGACUGGGCAUAUGCUGCCAGCAAGGAGUCACACGCCACGCUGGUGUUCCACAACCUGCUGGGGGAGAUUGACCAGCAGUACAGCCGCUUUCUGCAGGAGUCCAACGUCCUGUACCAGCACAACCUGCGCCGCAUCAAGCAGUUCCUGCAGAGCAGGUACCUAGAGAAGCCGAUGGAAAUAGCCCGCAUCGUGGCUCGCUGCCUCUGGGAAGAGUCCCGGCUCCUGCAGACAGCUGCCACCGCAGCCCAGCAAGGGGGACAGGCAACACAUCCAACAGCAGCUGUGGUGACAGAGAAGCAGCAGAUGCUGGAGCAGCACCUGCAGGAUGUUAGGAAGAGGGUGCAGGAUCUGGAGCAGAAGAUGAAAGUGGUGGAGAAUCUCCAGGAUGACUUUGAUUUUAACUACAAGACUUUGAAAAGCCAAGGAGAUAUGCAGGACCUGAAUGGGAACAGCCAGUCAGUGACCAGGCAGAAGAUGCAGCAGCUGGAGCAAAUGCUGACAGCACUGGACCAGAUGCGCAGGGGCAUAGUGAGCGAGCUGGCUGGGCUGCUGUCAGCCAUGGAAUAUGUGCAGAAGAUGCUGGCAGAUGAGGAACUGGCAGACUGGAAGAGACGGCAGCAGAUUGCCUGCAUUGGUGGCCCACCCAAUAUCUGCCUGGACCGGCUGGAGAACUGGAUAACCUCUCUCGCCGAAUCACAGCUACAGACCCGGCAGCAGAUCAAGAAGUUGGAAGAACUGCAGCAGAAAGUGUCCUAUAAGGGUGACCCAAUCGUCCAGCACCGGCCCAUGCUGGAGGAGCGGAUCGUGGAGCUGUUCAGGAACCUGAUGAAAAGUGCUUUUGUCGUGGAGAGGCAGCCCUGCAUGCCCAUGCACCCAGACCGGCCCCUGGUCAUCAAGACAGGUGUGCAGUUCACCACCAAAGUCAGGUUGUUGGUCAAGUUUCCAGAGCUGAACUAUCAGCUGAAAAUCAAAGUCUGCAUUGACAAGGACUCUGGGGAUGUUGCAGCACUUCGGGGGUCCCGAAAGUUUAACAUCCUGGGGACCAACACCAAGGUCAUGAACAUGGAGGAGUCGAACAAUGGCAGCCUGUCAGCAGAGUUCAAGCACCUGACCCUGCGGGAGCAGCGGUGUGGGAACGGAGGCCGAGCCAACUGUGAUGCCUCGCUGAUAGUCACUGAGGAGCUGCACCUCAUCACUUUUGAGACAGAGGUGUAUCACCAGGGGCUGAAGAUAGACCUGGAGACCCACUCGCUGCCUGUGGUGGUCAUCUCCAACAUCUGCCAGAUGCCCAAUGCCUGGGCAUCCAUCCUGUGGUACAAUAUGCUGACCAACAACCCCAAGAACGUGAAUUUCUUCACUAAGCCGCCCAUUGGGACCUGGGACCAGGUGGCUGAGGUGCUGAGCUGGCAGUUCUCCUCCACCACCAAGCGCGGGCUCAGCAUUGAGCAGCUGACCACGCUGGCAGAAAAACUGCUGGGACCAGGUGUGAAUUACUCUGGCUGUCAGAUCACCUGGGCCAAGUUCUGCAAGGAGAACAUGGCUGGCAAAGGCUUCUCUUUCUGGGUCUGGCUGGACAACAUCAUUGACUUGGUGAAGAAGUACAUCCUGGCACUGUGGAAUGAAGGGUACAUCAUGGGGUUCAUCAGCAAGGAGCGGGAGCGAGCCAUCCUGAGCACCAAGCCCCCAGGGACCUUUCUGCUGCGCUUCAGUGAGAGCAGCAAGGAAGGUGGCAUCACCUUCACGUGGGUGGAGAAGGACAUCAGUGGGAAGACACAGAUCCAGUCGGUGGAGCCUUACACCAAGCAGCAGCUGAACAACAUGUCAUUUGCGGAGAUCAUCAUGGGCUACAAAAUCAUGGAUGCCACCAACAUCCUGGUGUCCCCCUUGGUGUACCUGUACCCUGACAUCCCCAAGGAGGAGGCUUUUGGGAAGUACUGCCGCUCUGAGAGCCAGGAACACUCAGAAGCGACGGACUCAGGUAGUGCAGCUCCGUACCUGAAGACCAAGUUCAUCUGUGUCACCCCCACCUCCUUCAGCAACACCAUCGACCUGCCCAUGUCCCCGCGCACCCUGGACUCGCUGAUGCAGUUCGGCAGCGGCGGCGAGGGCGCGGAGAGCGGCGCGGGCGGGCAGUUCGAGUCGCUGACCUUCGACAUGGAGCUGACCCCCGAGUGCGCGUCCUCGCCCAUGUGAGCCCUCCCCGGGCUGCCUGCCCACCUCCAGCGCGCUCCCGCGGAUUUGUCCCGCUCGGCUGCGGCUGCUCCGGGCCUGCCCCUGGGAACAGCUGGGGGCAGAGUCCCUGCAUGGGUCAGGGGCCUCACCUGACCCAACAGCAGCCCCUCUCUGGGGUGGUGCCACUCAUCUCUGGGGGAGGGGGAUGAACCUUUUUCUAUUUCCUUCCAUUACGGUUUUCUAUUAUUUUUGCUCAUUCAAGUGCCUAUUUGCCUCCAAUUACAGCCACGGUUCCUGCAAACGCUUCCACGGCCCCGCUGCUGGAAGCUGCUGCCCUGACUGCCUGCACCCAAACCCACGAGACCCUACAGUCUGGAAUUGCAGAGGGGAUUGGCCAUAUGGCAGGGUCUGCCCUGCUGCUCCCAGCACCUCCUAGAGCUUGCAGGGUGCUGGAGUGAGUCCCAUCUCUGCACCCACCUGGCCCUGGUUUUGGCCACGAUGACCAGUACAUGGCUCAGAGCUGCAGGUGGAUGUAUCCAGGUGCUCCCACCUCAGCCUGGGUUUGCUGGGAGCCCAGAGGUUUCAGAACUGUGCUUGUUCCGUCUUCAGGCACAGUGAUUUGGCCAAUGCCAGCAGCCUGGGCUCCUUUUGGGAUGGCUGGUGUCCCUGAGGUAGGGCAGAGCUGCUACCCAGUAAUGGCACCUGUGUGCAAAAAGCAUUUGCAGUUGUGGCCCAUUUUGGGAUAUGGGUGAAGCCACAGGGGCUACCCUGGCUUCCCUGUGGUCAGGCUGGUGCAGGGAGCACGGUCUUGCUUCCAGCACUGUGCUGAGUUAGACCAGUUGGACCCUGGGGAGCUGGGGAAACCAGCAUGGCUGACAGUGGGGCACCUGGGCCAUCCCUUUUUCUCUGGGUUCUGAGGGGCCAGGCAUCGGGUCUGCAGCUUCUCGGGGGCUUUGUGUGGCGUUUCUUUUGGAGGUUGGUCCUCACACUUACAGUGGGAAGGGGCAGGAGUUGAAGGGAGCAGGUGGAUGUGAGGAGAGGAACCUGCUGUGGGGCAGUGACAUGGGUGUUGUGAAAGGCUGAUGUCCUGACUUCUGGGGGGUAGGUGGUUGUGGUCCUGCAUUUACCAGAAUUGGGUGAGCUCUCCUGCCUUUGCCACGCAGUGGGCAAACAGACACAGAUGAGCAGUGGAGGGGUGGGGGAGGCAGUCGGAGAGCUGCUCCCUCUGAAUUGCAUCACAGCUGGUGGGCAGGGAACCAGAGGGCAGGGAGAGAAUCCCCAUGGCUGUGGGGCCUGGGCAAGCCCCUCCAGGCUGUGUGGAAUCAGGAUGGGGGGCUCUGUGGCUGGACCUGAGGACGCUCAGGGGCGAUGAGGGCCUUUCGCCCCUCUGCUCGCUCACCACAGCUGCCUCCAGCCGCAAUCCCUGUAGCCCAGGGCAGCAUUCAAUACUGUAAAAAAUUUUAUUUUUUUGUAUAUUUUAUUGCUGUAUCUACAAGCUUUAACUUUCUCCAAAAUAAAGGCCCUGAAGCGA